UUCUUCUGUGGAAUUGCUGCGAAAACCCAAUUUUGGAACCAUUAUUUUGAAGAGUGUACAGCACACAUGAACACCCGGCUUUAUUUAGACUAAAGACAAUAAGUGACUUCAUUUUCAAGAGUUUCUUUUAGACAAAAGGACGGAAAUAAGACCAGAAGUGUCAAUGUGUCUUCUAAAACAGGCAGUAGAAACGGCAACUAACAUCAGAGAACUUGUAAAACAACAGUAUAUAAUGACGAGCAGCUCUGUGUCUUUCAUAGUUUAUGUGAAUUUACACAAAGUGAAGAUCAUGAACUCCAGACUCUCACCGCUGAUCCUGCUGCUGCUCCUUCCAGGCUCUGUAACAUUAGACCACCUCGCUGUGACCUGUAGUCAACAGAGUAUUUGUGCUGUGAAGGGGACAGAAGUGACACUGAGGUGCUCUUACUUCAGCAUCAAAAUCAACACUGUGUUCUGGUUCAGUGAGAAACAAAGUACAAACUGGAGAAAAAACAAAGAACCUGAAGAUUUGACUUUAGACUCAGAUUACUCAGGACGGGUGAAGCAGAUGGUCACAAACGACCAUUCAACACUCACAAUAUCAGACGUGAGAGAGAGAGACUCUGGAGAAUAUCAGCUCAUGUUCAUCAUGGAGGAUGGAGUUAAACAUCUCAGCUCAACGGCCAUCAAUCUAACAGUCACAGUCUUGCAGGUGAGGAUGAAUCCUGCGUCUACAGACCUGAGAGAUGAGACAGUAGAACUGACCUGUGAUUCUUCCUGUGAUUUGACCUCUGGAGUUUGGUAUUACUGGAUGAAGAAUAGACAGUAUUUAAUAUAUACAAAGUCCACCAACAUGUUUGUGUCAGUCAGCAGAGAUGCUGGCAGCUUUUCCUGUUCUCUUUAUCCACAUCAUGAACAUCCCUCCUCUUCUGUGUGCAUUUCUAAGAGUGGCUGCUGGGAUGUGACUUACACCUCUAGAAGAGUCUGUGCUUCGGUGGGCUCAACAGUAGACAUUUCCUGCACAUACUCACAUCCCUCUGGUUAUACUCUAUAUAAAACAUUCUGGCAUUACGUUCGGCCUGGUGACUUUAAGGAUCUGCGUGAGGAGCAUCAGUUUGCUGGUCGUGUGGAGUAUGUGGGGAACAAACUGAGAAUCAAAGAGCUCAAGAUCAGCGACUCUGGAGAAUAUCGAUUCAGGUUCAUCACUGACUUAGAUCAAUACUCUGGAUCACCUGGAGUCAUUCUUACUGUUACAGAUACACAGGUAACAAGAAAACCAGACAUUAUAUCAGAGGGACAGAAAGUGAUAUUAAUCUGUUCAACUAAAUGCACUCUGAACAACAAACAUACUUACAUCUGGUACAAGAACAGACGACAGGUAACGGAUGGAUUCACUAAAGCUAACAAGCUGUACCUGGACUCAGUCAGCAAUGAAGAUCUUCACCAGUAUUCCUGUGCUGUAGAAGACCAUAAGGAGAGCACAGCGCUACGAAACUCUGCAAUCGUACUGUGUGUGUUUUUGAUUAUUGCACUCAUAGGAGUCCUGUGGUAUAGGAGGAGAAGGUGUACCUUUUCUAAAACCCACAGGACUGAAAAGGUGGAGGAGGAGGUUCAGUAUGACCCGGUGCACAAUAACACUGCACCCUCUGACCUCACGCAAAAAGCAGAUGUGGACAAUCAAGACAUUCAUUAUUCCAGCAUUAAUUUUAAAACAAAACACGCAUCUUCAAUCCCCACUGAUGAAUAUCCAACAGACACCACAGAAACAGAGACUGUCCACUAUGCCACUGUAAGGUUCAAAUAACACACUAUUGCCCUCUAGGGAGCUAAUCAUGUUAUU